AUGCAAUCAGUUGUGACUUAUGAAAAACCGCUACCGCAUUUAAGUCUUCCGGAUUGGGACGCCAGGCUGUACGGAUUACAGGUGACUGCGGAUACCAGGAGAGCAGAUGCAUUCGAUCUUCGCCAUGGCGCACGUCAAUUGCGAAACGAAACUAAAAUCAAGACAGAAUGGGACCUCUAUCACAACAACAAUCGACUGAGGGCAAGAGUCUAUGAAAUUGAACAAUGGAAGUCUACUAUUCAAGACCUCUUGAGCCGCUUGGAUAGAGAGAUGAAUCUGUUGAAAGAAGAAAAGGCAUCAACAGAAAGGGAACUGGAACAACUUAAUCUGCCCUUAUUAGUAUGCUCCGAGUGCCUGUCUAAUAGAGAUGGAAGAAGAAGCACAGAACUAACGUACGAUCUUGCCGACACCGAGUUGAAAAAGGUGGAAGAAGAGCAGGGGUAUGAUGAUGAUGCAACAAUAACGCAGCCG